AUGUCGAACCGCUCGCACGCCAGCGCAGAUUCGCCACAGCUUCAGAGUUGUGACCGGACUACGAGUUCAAAGACGGUGACCGUUAAUUUCAUGGCAUCGUACGGCUCUUGUUUUAUGGCAGUUGAUCACAAGUUUACGAGCACGGUCGCAGAUGUCAACGUCACGAUCAGGACGCAUUUGCAGACAGACGUCUACACGUGUGUUCGAUUACCUCAGUGCGAAAAGCACGCGUUCGUAUUUUAG